UAAAUAUAAUAUAGUUUUGAGUUAUCACGACUUGUUUUGGGACGUAUUGUUGUUGUAACAUAAAACCGGUUCUGUUUGCAUAGCGCCGAUAUUUACCUUUUUAAUCAACGAGUACGCAGUGUGCAUAGUAACACACAUAUGACCUUGUUAAUGCUAAUGGUAGAGUGUUAUUUUUAUUUAAUCCAAACAAUGAAUUAUCUUGUAGCAUUUUGUACUUAUUUAAUAUUAGUAACAACGUAAUUAUCACCGUAUCGGGCCCCCUCUACAAAAAGAGUACGAUGACGUUAGAUAAUAUACAGACAACAUUGAUUCAAGACAAUAGAGUUACUUAGCAACAAAAUUCCAACUAUAAUUUACAAGCAGUAGAAAAAUCUCAAAGUCCAUAUAGACAAAAAACCUUCAUCAUAGUAAUUUUUACAAUUAUAGACAUACGGGGAAUCACUGUUACUAUUUAUACUACAAACAUAUUAGUACUUGCUUACAUAAACGUUGUUAUCUUGAUAAUGUGUCAUCGCCGGUCAUUUUACGCGCAAAGUAUAAAAAAGCGUACAUACAAAAAUGUACGUUUGUAUAGAUAGAGACCACAGUCAAUGUACUGCUCCGUGUGUCUGAGCAUAAGGACGAUUAGUCAACGCGAGUCGCGCACAGAAUCAAUAUGAUUUUUCUGUACCUCAUACUAGUGGUACUAGUGCUCAUAUUCCUCUUUUACUAUGUCGUUUCGCGUAAACAUAAUUACUGGAAAGCAAGGAACGUACGAUAUGCUAAGCCAACGUUUUUAUUGGGAAAUUUUACGGAUACGUAUCUCGAUAAGAAGUUCAAUGGAGAAAUAAUCGACGACAUCUGCAAGCAGUUCCCUGAUGAGAAGUACGUUGGAGCUUUCAACGGUACGAAACCCGUCCUGAUUCCUAAAGAUCCAGAAAUUAUCAAGUUGAUCGUGACCAAGGACUUUUAUUACUUUCAUGGAAGAGCGUUAUCAGAGUAUAAUCACAAAGAACCCGGUGGCUUGAACCUUUUUGGUACAUUUGGUGAUAAUUGGAGAGUUAUCCGGCAAAACAUGACUCCUCUAUUCACAUCAGCAAAGAUGAGGAACAUGUUCCAUCUUAUAGAAAAAUGUUGUCACGAAUACGAAGCUAUGAUAGACAGAGAAAUAAAAAUCUCCAAGGAGCACGAUGUGAUGCCGAUGACUACUAGGUUCACUAUGGACUGUAUUGGAGCCUGUGCUUUUGGUAUAGAUACAAAAACUAUGACAGAAGGAGAGGAUGAUAAUCCAUUUAGAAGGAUAAUUCGUUCUUCGAAACCAAAGAAAAGUGUGAUUUACCAGGCUAUGCUGCGGUCUCUGUGGCCUGAAAUCUAUUAUGCUCUAGGUUUCAAAAUGCCAAGCACUCAAAUGGAUUUUCUACAUAAAUUGAUCACUUCUGUGAUGGACCAGCGGGAUAACAAACCUUCUGAGAGAAAUGAUUUUGUAGAUCUCAUAAUGGGUUGGAAACAAAAGCAUCAUAUAGUGGGAGACAGCAUCAGGAAUAUGAAAACUGGUGAAAAUGAAAAAGUGGUAUUGGAAGCCAGCGAUGACUUACUUAUAGCUCAGUGCUAUGUUUUCUUUGCUGCUGGUUUUAAAACAUCAACUACUGCUCUAAGUUACACUUUAUAUGAAAUUGCAAAACAUGAAGAUGUUCAGAACAAAGUAUUUAAAGAAAUAGAUUCGUAUUUAGCUCGUCAUGAUAAUAAGAUAAAUUACGAUUGUGUGUCGGAGCUGCCAUACUUGGACGCUGUCAUAGACGAGACAUUCCGGGUGUAUCCAGUGCUUAGUGUAAUUCCACGGGAGUUGAUGGAGGACUACACAAUGCCUGAUGGAACAAAGUUGGACAAAGGCUUGAGUGUACAAUUACCUGUAUACCAUCUUCACCAUAACCCAAAAUUCUACCCAGAACCUGAGGUAUUCCGUCCAGAACGGUUUCUGGGUGAGGAGAAGAAGAAUAUCAAUCCGUAUGUAUAUCUACCAUUUGGAGAAGGACCAAGAGUGUGCAUAGGUAUGAGGUUUGCGAAGAUGCAGAUGUUGGCUGGUCUGAUCACGAUGCUGAAGAAGUACCGCCUGGAGUUAGCUGAUGGUAUGCCGACGAAGCUGAAGUUCAAGGCUCAAUCCUUCAUCACUCAUCCAGUGGGAGGAAUCAGGAUUAAGUUUAUUGAAAGGGAGGGAUGGGAGAGUAGGGUGUUCGCUAAGGAUAGCUAAAUUCGUAGACAGUUGGCUGAAUACGAUGGAUUUGUUCACGAGUCUUGUAUAUACCUAUAUUAACUGCAUAGUGGCUGGGCAAAUGGCUGCCUUGCAACGUGUAUUAGAUUCCCGCACAGAACAACUCUUUGUGUGAUUCAUUGUUUCGCGUAUGGGUAUAAUGUGCAUUUGAAAUUAUAUGUUUGAAAACGCACCCACGACACAGGAGAAAAUUUUAGUGUGGUGCAAUGUUUUAAAAAAAGAAAAUUAAAAUUAACCUUUUAUUUUAUAUACAGUUUAGUUACCUGGAGAGAUUGAUACACGUGAACAAAUCCAUGGUUAUUAAAACGACUGAGCUAGAACUAAAGUAUUUAACUCAAAUCGAAAUGGCUUAAGUUUAGUGUAACGCUAUAUUAUUUGUUUUGUCACAAACACCAUAAACGCUUUUUAUAAUUAUCAAGCAGCUCAAUUAUUAUUUUAAUCGUAUAUGACUGUUUUAUUAUUUUAAUUGUUUACCUCAACACUUGUACUGUAGUAAUUUCCAGCUGGUUAUUAUUGAGGUAAAUAUGUAAGAUUUAAUUUUAAUUGGUACUUAUUGCAAAUAGGGAGAUACGAAUUGUGACACUGUCUAUAAUGUUGUAUUUUUGUGUGAUUUAGUAAAAUGCCAUCUUAGAGACAUUUAAUGAUUACUUAAACUAUUCCUUAGUAACGAUUUUCUAUAGAAAACAAUUGUUAAGUACUUAAGUAACCAUUAAUUGACUCUGAGUACUGCGAUUAGUUUCUUAUUUGUGAUUGACCUAUUAUACUUUAGAACACAAGUGUUUUACUAGUAUUAAUUAUUAUCAUAUCGAUUAUACGUUUUAUAUACA